AUGUUAGACAAGAACAAAUGUUAUCUACAAUUUCUCAAGGUUCAAUCGUAUUUCUCCGAAAAUAAUCACGAUUAUUCAAGUCGUAUGAAACCAAAUGAAUCAGCAAACAGAAACUCUUGUCUGGUCGUCUUGUACAACAGUCAUUACUCAAAAAACCGUAAUCAUCCAUCGAUCAAUACUUCGAAAGAAUCAUCGACCGACAUUCGACAAUCGACGCCCACCGGUCUGAAUAGGCAAAUCUCUGAUAUUAACCACAGAACUCAACCAAACAUACCUUCUCCGAACAUUGAACAUGUGUACAGAAUCAUUGAUCAAUCUUACUCAAACAUACCUGUUAUUUAUAAUUCCAUUAAACAAACAAAAUUAGAUUCGGAUUUUAUUGUCUCUGUGAACGAUUACUUAGACCGAUUGAAAGCAAAUAUUUACAAGAACUUAAUCCGACGUGGAACAUUAUUACGUAAUGGAACGAAUCACAUAGACAAUCUUUUAUAUCUUUUACGCUGUGUCUGCAAAAUAGCUUAUGAACAAUCGGUGAAACUUUCACAAGAUUCCACUAUUGUCCAACAUGCUGUACUCUAUACAAUGACAGCGAUUGAUUAUAUUCUUCAACAUCAGUGUCCUCAAAAAAAACCAUUGUUCAAUUAUAUUCUCAAUGAAUACAUUUCAAUGUGGUUACAUGAAAAUUUUCGUGUUAUUCAAGAAGAUUUCUGCAUUAUUGCAGAGUACGGCAAUCGACAGAAUUUCUCCACACUUUGCGCAUGUUUAUUUCAUAAAUUUAAAUCUGUAUGCGCAGGAAAUUGGGAACGCUUACAAAUGAUGCAGAACUAUCGACUAACACAUUUUGAUCAAUUAAUGAAAACGCCGAGCGAUAAAUUAGAAUCAAAUCAUGACUUUAUACAAUUUUACGGCAAACCAAUAAAGCCACACGCGAAGAGAUCCGAAAUACCAAUAACACCAUUAUAUUCUAAUCAAACGGAUAAUGAAUUGAUCAAUCUUGAUGAAAUACACGAAAAAUUCAGGAAAUCUGUUGCGAACAUUCUGAUGAUAGAAAAUCAGGGACGUCAACAAAGUAUCACAAACUCGACAGCAAAAAUUGAAUCAUCGGCGUCAAUGAAACUAGCUCAUCAACAUAAAACUAUUCUCCCUUUAAUUGAACCGAUUGUCCUCGCACAUCAAAUAUCAACAAAAGAUGACCUUGAAGGAUAUCAGAGAUCGUCUUCGUCAUCCAAAUCUCAACUACUCUCUAUAGAACAGCAACAUCAGCUGUUCUCAUUAGAUGAAGCUAUGUCAAAUCAUAAUGUUUUAUCGACAUCAUUAGUACAGGAAGUCAACGAAUCGAUGACAAUUCCUCUCACGCGAGCUGUAGCAUCGUCCAUGAGUAGUUUAAUCUCAAUGGCGUCUCUCAAAUCUGAAUUACCACAUAAGAAUCUGGAAAAUAACCAAGAAAUGAGAUCUAGUGUUCGCUCAGAAGGGGCAAAAGACGUAUCCAUCCAUUCAGUACUUGAUUCGAACACAGUUUUAAAUGUAGAAGUGGAUGAACUUAUUCGAUUUCUCAAAGGUCUCGCUAAUUCUUCAGCAUCUCUCUCGAAUCAGUUGAAAUCAUGCUUGGAGCAAAGCCAGAUUGAUUCACGCUCCAUCAUCAACAAGAUUUCCCACACUUCGUCAGUCGACACACAAGAUCCACUAUUUCUAGCAGAAUUUAUUCGCAAUGUCCGAAAAGAACUUCAAGAUGCACGAAUACAGAUCAACGAUACCGCUGCUGGUGAUAACAUUGAUCAAGAACGUAUUUUCAUCCAAAUAAUCCAUGAUCCCUCACGAUGUAUGCCGGAUUCGAAACUUUCCCCUUAUCAAAAUCCUCGCUGCAAUCAUCAUUCAAUAGAAACCGAAUGCAUGCACGAAUCAGAACGAAAAUCUGGUCCUUGUCACUCUCAAUCGUCUUCAAACAAGAAUUAUGUUAUAACAUCUGAUUCGCUAUUUUAUGCAAGGAAAUCAUCCGAUAGAAACACUCAUUCAAUCAUUGUUGAACACAAUGACAAUUUUGUCGACAAAUACUGCUAA